AUGGGAAGUAUUAUAGAGAAGGAUAACAUGAGCACUUAUAUUAAAAAUUAUCCAAUGAAACAGAAUAAGAAUAUCGAGGAUCACAAUUUGAAGAAAAAUGACCAUAUUAUCUAUAAAGAUGCAAAUUUUUCGAUUAACUCACGAUAUCAGAUCCAGAGCAUUCUUGGAAAGGGAUCAUAUGGAACAGUCUGCUCUGCUAUAGACACCAAAUCAUCCAAGGGAGAGGAAACUUUGCAAUUGGCAAUAAAGAAGGUGUCUAGUAUAUUCAAGAGAGAGGUAUUGAUGAAGCGAGCUGUGAGGGAAUUGAAGCUCAUGAGACACUUUAAGGGCCAUAGAAAUGUAAUUAUAUACCUUUUUACGAUACAAAUAGGAGUGAUACUAACAUAGAGGUAGAUAGUGAACUUAAUUGAUUUGGAUUUGGUGUCCACGGCUCCAUACGAUGGGCUUUAUUGCAUUCAGGAAUUGGCAGAUUACGAUUUGGCGAGAGUUAUUUAUUCAUCUAUCCAGUUUUCGGAAUUUCAUAUCCAGAAUUUCGUUUAUCAGAUCUUGUGUGGGUUGAAGUAUAUACAUACUGCAGAUGUCAUUCACCGGGAUUUGAAGCCAGGAAACAUUUUGGUGACCCUUCAAGGGGUAUUGAAGAUUUGCGACUUUGGAUUGGCAAGAGGCAUAAAUCCGAAGUACUUCAAGCAGAAAUCGGCCCCCAUAACCAAUUACGUUGCAACGCGUUGGUACAGGGCCCCGGAACUAAUGCUCUCGAAUAAGCGAUAUUCAAAGGCCGUUGAUAUGUGGGCUGUAGGGUGCAUUCUUGCUGAGCUAUACGGUCGCAGGCCUCUAUUCAUGGGAAAAGAUCAAUUAGAACAGAUUAGUGAAAUAGUCAAGAUUUUAGGUUCUCCUGCCACCAGUAUCAUUAGAAAGUACGACUGGAACAUUGCUACAGCAGCAAGGGACCUGUAUUUGCCUUCGAGCCUCAAGCACAUUUACCCAUAUGCAUCGAUGCCGGCAAUUAAUCUAAUGCAAAACUUGUUGUGUUGGGAUCCUCAGGAUCGAUUGGAUAUCUAUCAAUGCUUGUCCCACACAUUUUUGCAUAAAGUAAGGGACCCGAAGGAUGAACCUGAAUGUAGUCUCCCAUUCGAUUUUAAGUUUGAAUAUAUGGCGACUUCGAUCUCAGACUUAAAAUCGCUACUACAAGAAGAGGUAGAUUCAUUUAGAACCGAACGUCUCGGGCCUUAA